UUCAAAAACGCACGGCACUGGAGAGCAAAUCAAAAUUUUGUCAUGCACUCGUUUUGGGUCUCACUUCGUACGUAUCACAAGUGCGAAGUACAAAUAAAAUAUUUAACAGUCAAAAACUCAAAAUGGUGGAUAGAUUAGUAAACAGCGAGGCAAAUUCUCGCAGAAUUGCGAUGGUUGAGAGCUGUUUCGGCAGUUCGGGUCAGCCACUUGGUGUACAAGGAAGAGUGUUGGUUGGCGAAGGCGUUCUCACAAAGAUGUGCAGAAAGAAACCGAAACCCCGUCAAUUUUUUCUGUUCAAUGAUAUUUUAGUGUACGGCAAUAUAGUGAUAAAUAAAAAGAAGUAUAAUAAGCAACACAUAAUACCAUUGGAGGAAGUCAAGCUCGAAAGUUUGGAAGAUGACGGACUUGUUGCAGAGUAUCGUAACGGAUGGUUAAUCAGGACGGCUUCGAAAUCUUUUGCUGUUUAUGCGGCCACACCCACUGAAAAACAGGAGUGGACUGCACAUAUCAACAAGUGUAUAGAAGAUUUACUUAGGAAAAGUGGAAAAAAGGCAGCGGAAGAACACGCAGCUGUUUGGGUACCUGAUGGAGAAGCACCAUUUUGUAUGCAUUGCAAGAAAACUCAGUUCACAUUAAUCAACAGACGACAUCAUUGUCGCAAGUGUGGGGCGGUCGUAUGUGGUCCAUGUUCGAACAAGCGCUUUCUAUUACCUAAUCAAAGUUCGAAACCGCUGCGUGUUUGUUUACAUUGUUAUGAUACUCUAAUCACGGCGAAACAUCAUAAUUCGAAUAAUGACUCGAUUAAAGAGAGAGAACGUGCGGGGAAUGCAGACACAUCCGGAGAGGAUGAUUCAGAUGAUGACGACGAGAAUACUAAAGGUCCACCCGAAUCUCAUGAUUUGUUUCAAAGUCAUUGUCUUGGUUAUGUGUGGUGAUAUCCAAAAUUUUAUGGAGACACAGAAAGAUCUGAAGAACAACAUUAAUGCCUUCAUUUCCACUUUAUCAAUAAGAGGUGUAAAGUAAAAAAGUAAAAUUAAUUUCUAUUUUUAAUAUAAAACUGUAAACAAAUAUGUAUAAUAUGAUGUAUUUUGUACUA